AUGUCAUCAUUCAUGGAAUAUGCCUCAACGGAUUCUGCGCCGGACGAGCAAUCCAACCAGCCGAUCAUAGACUUGGAAGCUCCAACAACGGAAGGCGAGAUUCCACAAGUCGAUGGAGUGAAGCUGCACCCUUCCACAGGGUCCAACAAUGGCCAACAAGACACAGUAUUUGAUCCUUUUACGCUCGCCAAAGAAUUUGCAUACACACCAAGAAAGCUGAAAGUGUUCACCAUCGGCGCAGGCUUCUCUGGUCUGCUGAUGGCGCACAAGUUCCAGCACCGUUUCCCCGAAAUGCAAGACCUGGUCGAUCACACUCUAUUUGAAGCUCAUCAUGAGGUCGGCGGGACAUGGCUUGUCAACAACUAUCCUGGCGUGCAAUGCGAUGUGCCCGCCCACAUCUAUGCGUUCCCAUUUGAUCCUAAUCCAAAUUGGACCAAAUUCUACGCAAGUGGUGCGGAGAUUCUGGAGUACUUCAAAGCAACGGUGCGGAAGUGGAAUCUCGAUCGCGACUUGCAGCUAAAUACCAAAGUUGUUGGUGCGAAGUGGCAUGAGUCGGAGGGCAUGUGGGCUGUAAAGCUACAAAGCACAAAGACCCAAGAAGUGCGAGAAGAGUGGUGCCACGUGUUGAUCUCUGGACAGGGUGUGCUCGUGCAUGAGAACUGGCCAAAGAUUGCUGGAUUCGAAAAGUUCAAGGGCCACAUCACACAUUCGGCGCGAUGGGACCACGAUUUCGACUACUCCAACAAGCGUAUCGCAGUAAUUGGCAACGGUUCAUCAGGCAUCCAGAUUGUACCGCAGAUGGCCAAACUCCCAGGUACAAAAGUCCAGAACUUCAUCCGCAAUGGAGCAUGGGUGUACUAUCGCGCCCCACCGUCGAAGCAUAUGGGUCGUGAGGUGGACGAUGUGAAUCCAGCGUAUACAGAAGCCGAAAAGGAGGGAUUUCGCGACCCGAAACGCCAUCAAGAAUACCGCAAAGGCAUAGUCUCACGGACGAACAAGUCUUUCCAUAUUUUCAUGCGCGGCGAGAACAACAAAAAGGGAAUGGAAGCAGCAACUGCGCAGAUGUCGGAAAAGCUGGGCCAUGACAAACGACUAUGCGACAUGCUCAUCCCUAAGUGGGAGCUUGGGUGUAGAAGAAUCACACCCGGUCCAGGAUACCUUGAGUCCUUCCUGAGAGACAACUGUGACUGCAGCAAUAGUCCGAUUGUUGGCAUAACUGAGAAUGGCGUUCGAACCGGAGAUGGCAAAACUUUCGAAUGCGAUGUCCGUAAGUACAUUCCACAGGGAGCUGUAUUCCAUCCGAGUACUAAUGAACAGCAAGUGGUGUGCGCAACUGGAUUCGAUGUCUCUCAUCGUCCGCAUUACCCAUUGAUCGGACAAAAUGAAGUCAACCUUCGCGAGAAGUGGGCUGAAGACCCCGAGUCAUACAUCUCUAUGAUGGGUCCAAAUUGUCUCGGAGGACACGGCUCGCUUGUCGAAUCACUGAACUGGACAGGAGAUUAUUUUAUCAAGUGGAUUAAGAAGAUUGCAUGCGAAGAUAUCAAGUGUAUCACACCAAAGCGGGAAAAAGUGAGAGACUUCAUGCGCUACCAAGACCAAGUACACAAGACUUUGGUCUGGUCGGGCGGCUGCUCCUCGUGGUACAAGCGUGGUCGCGUGGACGGAAGGGUAACAGCGUUAUUCGGUGGCUCCGCCCAACUUUUCAACAGAAUGCUAGGGGAUAUUCGCGGCGAGGAUUUUGAUGUAACCUACAGAACUUCUAACCCCUGGCGGUUCAUGGGCAAUGGCUUCACGGAGUUUGAGAUGAAGGAUGAUUCUGAUCUCUCAUGGUAUGUCGAGAUUGCAGAAGAGGCACAAGGCAAGGGACCAGAGAAGAACAGCGUCGCGAACGGAAAGCGUUGA